ACACACACACGCACACGCACACACUCUCUCUCUCCCCCCCAGUUCCCUUCCCUCGUCCCAGAGAGAGCGAUGCCACCGCACGUCGCCCCCCGGAACGCUCGCACCGCUCGGCGUCCAUCGAAUGCCCGGCCCCCGACUGAUCCCCCCUCGGAUCCCGAGUCCCCGACGGCCGGGGGUCUCUCGAGCUCGGCCUCCUCCUCCUCCAUGACCUCGGCUUCCUCUUCCUCGGUGGUCGCGCCUUCUUCUUCCUCCUCAACGGCCUCCAUUCGGGGGAAGCGUCGCGCGCCACAGCCUUCCUCCGACUCCGAGGACUCGCAAUACUCCUCGCCAGUGUCCUCCCCGCCUCCGAAGGCCAUCAAAGUUGAAGGCGGAGCCCUUGCCCGCCGCACCAAGACCCAGCUUGCGCUGACGGACUCCAGCGAUGUCAAGAUCCCUGCCUUCUUGGACAAGCUCUAUCGCAUGCUUUCCGAAAACAAGUUCCAGCACCUGAUGACCUGGAACCAAAAUGGAACGACCUUCCUCGUUCUCAAGCCUGAGGGGUUCGCGCGCGAGGUUCUGCCCAAGUACUUCAAGCACAGCAACUUUUCCAGCUUCGUGCGCCAGCUGAACAUGUAUGGCUUCAAGAAGGUCCCGCACACGCACCAGGGAGUCCUCCAGCCGGAGGAGGACCAGGAUGCUUGGGAGUUCGUCAAUCCGAACUUCAUGCGCGACAAGCCGGACAUGCUCAUCCAUGUGAAGCGAAAGAACUCCGAGCCCAGAGCAUCUGGCACCUCUUCCGAUGUUAAGAAAGCCAUCCAAGGCAUUGACCAGAUUCGCCAGCAGCAGGCCCUCCUCAGCGAGAGCAUCAAACUCCUUCGUUCUGAAAACAAGAGCCUCUGGGACCAGGUCGCAAGCACGCAAGAGCGCUAUGAACGCCAGCGCAAGCUCACCGACCGGAUCAUGCAGUUUCUCAUCAUCUACACCAAAAUGGGACACCACCCGGCUGCCCCCCUGUCCACCAAUCGCCUGCUGACCAGUGGCCGCGGGGAUGGCCCCGACGCCCUCCCCCAUCUCAUCUUCAAGGAGGCUUCCAAUGCCAUGCAUGCAGCUGGCCCCGGGGCCGCCGCGGUUCACCCGGGGACCUUUGUCGCCGGGCAGAAUCCCCUCCCCCUGCUCCAGAGCAUGGCCAGCAACUUUGUCACCACCCCCGGGCUCGGGGCUUCGGGAUCUCCCCUUCUGCCGGCCUUCGCAUCCAGCCUCCAGCCCUCCCGGUCGAUGGACCUCUUUUCCUCUCUGCGCGGGGGAUCUGGCACCCCCGAGCCCUCCCCCGGGCCGACGACCUCAUCCAUCAUCCCGCGUACACUGUCCAGUGGUGGCAUCAGUGCCCUUGGCUCUGGCACCGGCCCGAAUCCCAGCGAAGACAUGUACGCACCGAUGUCCCUUGCCCCCUCUUCGACCACCUACGGGCACUAUGCGACUGGCGGCCCCGGCGGUGGUCCCAAUGGGCCGGGGGCCGGAAUCUAUGCCAAUCCCUCGCCCCCUCAUCUGAGCUUCGGAGCUGGUGUUCACACUGGGCGCCAGCUGUCGGCCGGGUCCACCGGCCCUGGUGCCGGUGCUCCGGGCUACGAUGCUGGCGUGGGGCCCGGAAGUGGCGGCGCCCCGGAUGGUGCCUUCCACCAAUCUGCCACCCCCUUCACCUAUUUCCAGGGCGCCGAUGGCGGUCACUCCCCGGGGGCCGGCGGGGCCACUGCCAUGGGAUCCAUGGGCCCCGGCGGGCCGCGUGCCUCCUCCACCAGCUAUUCCGAUGGGGCGGUCAUUUCGGACAUCACUGCCCCUUCGGGUCCCGGCGACACCGGCGACUACAUUGGCCAGCCGGAUGCCGGACACCACUAUAACUACGGCUCGCCCAAUGGCGGUACCUACCACAAUUCGCAUGUUACCACGCCGCAUGUCGGCGCCGGCGUCGGGCCUGGCGGUCAUGGGCAUCAUACGUCGCAUGGUCCCCCCUCGCACCAUGGCCCGCUCCCGCCACAUCAUGGCCUGUCCCAGCCGCACCACGGGCACCAUGGUCCGCCGGCCUCGCACUAUGGGCACCAUGACCCACCGCCAUCGGUCCAUCAUACCAACGGCCACCCACAUCACGGUAGCUAUGGUACCCGUGGCCUCCCGCCUCCAGGGGCGGGCUUCUCCGUCAAUGCAGGUGGCCAUGCGGACAUGUAUGCUUCGCAACAGCAGCCGCAGCCGCAGCCGCAGUCGCAGUCCCAAGUUCAGGAGCUUCCCUCGGCCCCGGGCCAGUCCGGCACCCCGGGGGGCGGUGUUGCCUCCACCGCCCCGACUCCGGUUGCCUCUUCCAGCUCCGGCGCCUCCUCGGCCGUUACCUCUCCCACCCUGAGCACACACCAUGCUUCCGAGCUGCCUCAGCUGGCCAAUGAUGCUGUCCAGGCCGCCACUCUCUCUCCAUCGGCCGCGCAGCAGCCUUCCCAACCAUCCCAAUCUCCCUACUAUCCCCUGGUCGAGGCGCAUCCUCAUGCGAUCCUCUCGCACCACAGUCCUGGAGGCGCCUCCACGCCUGUCCCUGGUCCUGGGGUUAUCAUCGUUUCGGACUCGGAUGCCCCACUGCCUUCCCUUUCCCAUCACACCCGCGGGCAUCCCCAUUCGGAUCUGCACUUCCCUCUGAGCCACUCGCCGCCGGAUUUCUCCACCGGCCACGUCGCCGUGGGGAUCACCCCUUCAGGACCGGUGCACCCCUUGGUGGAUAGCCUGUCCACCGAUCGACUCCUUCUGCCGCCGUCCCAUGGCGAUGAUGUGUCCGGCUCCUUUGCUGGCUUCCCCCAGACGGAGGAGAUUUUCCUCAAGAGCGAAGACAACAUCCGAUCGAUCAACAGCCGUCUGGAUACCAUCCAGGCUGAGAUCGAUUCUCUCCAGCAGGAUGUCCCCAGUGACGGUGAGCUGUAGUUUAGGCUUUCCCCUUUUCCCCCCUCCUUCAGAGCAAUAUACUUUUUCUUUUUUUCUCCUCCC